AGCCCUCUCCCUCUAUGAACUUGACAAUGCAGCAUGGAGAUGAGGAGGAGGAGGAGCAACAUCCUCUCCUUCCAUCAAAUGUGGUCCCUCCCCCUCCUGCUUUUGGCAUCCAGUGCGGAAGAAACUACUCAUGUCAAAAAGCUGGAGAUCACUCAGUGUGGCUCGAUGGAACCCAGUCAUCACCCACACUCUCAUAUUACAACGGCUGCCAAUAUGUGUCACCCUCACCCCGCUCCUCGCCCCGAAGGGGAGACAAUGAGGAAAAGGUUAGGGGGAAGGAGGUCCACAAGGAAAAGAGAGGCAAGAAGCCAGCAGGGAAUGAACAGAAUGCAGGGCACAAGGAUCGGAUUUGGGGGAGUAAAACCAAAAAGGCAAGCCCACAGAGGCGCCAGCAGGACAUGACAUCCACUCAGUCACCCUCCAAAGGACUCCACAUGUCUCAAAUGGACUUAAGGGAAACAGAAAGUGGGCCACCCAGUGAAGGAGGUCGAAGGCUAGAGGUCCCAUCAAUGAAGAUGCAGGACCGCCAGAGUCUACCUGAGAUCAUCAUUACAACCAAAGAUGACUACCAGCCACAUUCCCCCAACCAAACACCCAGUUCUGACAAGAAUCACCCGAAGUCUGAGGCCAAGGGCACCUAUGGUGGAGGUGAGGAGACCAGUGGUGCGCAUCACAAGGAUGGUGUCCAUAACUGCCCUCACAAGAAGACCCAGAGCAUCGGUCGUAGGCUGGUCCGCCGAAGGGCGCUGUUUGAGAGGAGGCAGAGGCUGAAUGACUGUGCACUCGCUGUGGGGAUGUUUGGAGUGGUGGUCAUGAUCACCGAGAUAGAGCUCUCCUGGAGCGUCUACAGUAAGAGCUCUAUAUACUCUAUGGUUAUGAAGUCUGUUAUCAGCCUGUCCUCUCUCAUCCUGCUGGGUCUGGUCAUUGCCUACCACAUCUGUGAGGUGCAGCUCUACAUCCAUGACAACGGAUCAGAGGACUGGCAAAUUGCCAUGACAACGGAGCGGGUGAGCCUGAUCGCCCUUGAGCUGUUUGUUGCGGCGGUGCACCCGUUCCCAGUGGGUCUCCCAUUGUCAUGGCAAGCCAUGUCCCCCACGCUGUCAGAGACGGAGCUGGAGAUCGUGCUGGCUCUACCCAUGUUCCUGCGACUCUACCUCCUGGGUCGUGCCUUGAUGCUGCACAGCCGACUCUACACAGACACCGCCUCGCGCAGCAUUGGCGCCCUCAACAAGAUCCACUUCAACAGCCGUUUUGUGGUCAAAACCCUGAUGACCAUCUACCCUGGCACUGUGUUGAUGAUCUUCAGCGUCUCUCUGUGGCUAGUUGCUGCCUGGGGCCUACAUGUCUGUGAGAGACACCACAACUAUAAGGACCUGAGCAGUAACUACAUGGAGGCCCUGUGGAUGGUCUCGGUCACCUUCUUGUCCAUUGGUUACGGGGAUGUUGUUCCCCACACCUACUGUGGCCGCAGCAUCUGUCUACUCACUGGCAUCAUGGGGGCUGGUUGCACAGUGCUGGUGGUUGCUGUGGUUGCCAGGAAACUGGAGCUGACUAGGGCAGAGAAACAUGUCCACAACUUCAUGAUGGACUCCCACUUUACAAAAGGGAUAAAAAUUGCUGCAGCAAAUGUACUGAGAGAGACUUGGAUGAUCUACAAACACACCAAGCUUGCCAGGAAGAGAGACCACUGCAGAGUACGCAUGCACCAGAGGAAGCUGCUACUCGCCAUCCACAAGCUGCGUGAUGUGAAGAUGGAGAGGAGGAAGUUGGCUGACCAGGCCAACACACUUGUGGAUCUCUGCAAGAUGCAGAAUCUGAUGUAUGACAUGUUGUCCGAGGUGAGUGGAUUACGAGGGGACCUGGAAACACACAUACACAGUCUGCAGCAGAAUGUGGAGGAGUUGAGAGAAGGCUUCAGGACCCUGAUACCCCUCCUCUCCAGCACCCUCUCCACACAGAACUCUUCCAUCCGCCACCUGCUAAGGGAGAGGGAAGAGCAGGCAGACACGGAGAAUGGGAGGGCAGAAUAGGAAAUCAUCAGGAACAUCAGACAGCAAGGAAGAGAGGGGAGCAGACAGGACAGAGCGCGAACACAGGAGAAGAUAGAGGGGAGGCCCACACAAGACAAACAUGGCAUAUUCCCCUCAAGCCAGAAGUAGUCCUUGCUAAACUUUACCUCUCAAAGAAAGUAAAGAUGCCACUUCUGACAUGUGCUGUGUAUAUAAAUUGUUAAGCCCUGAUAUGUUCCUAUCACUGAAAGCAAUCAUACAGGCCGCGCUGACCAUUCCAGUUAGCAGCUGUGAGAGAUCGUUCAGUGCAUUAAGACGCCUACAAACUUGGUUUAGGAGCCCAAUGACCCAAGAUAGAAUGCAUCAUGACAAUGAUAUACAUACUAACACGCUGGGGAAAGAGUGAAGUCAUAGACAGGUUUGCACCUACAGUUUAAUUUUGUUUAAUUUCUAAUCUUGAUGGAUAGACUAACAUCCUGGUACUGUGUUAUAUAACUCACAAACAUUGUGAAUAUUUAGUUGUAGAAAGGGUUGCAUGCUCGUAUGUGUGUAAAAUUGUGAAGUUGUUGUUCCUACAGGGGUGUUGGAGGGUGUGUAUUUGUUUUUGUGUAAUUAAUUAGGUAGAAAUAUUGUCCUGUAGCUAAUUGACCUUGGAAUAUGUGAUUUAUUACCACAAAUGCUUUAAAAUCAUUAUUUUCAA